AUGUCAGAGGCGUACGCCCGAGAGAUAUUACGGAGGAAUGUUGCCCAAGUAUGCCAAACUAUAGGAUGGAAUGGGAUAAACUCUACGCCACUCGACAUUUUAGUACAUGUUUUGGAAAAGUACAUUUGUACUUUGGGCACUCAAGCUAACCGAUACGCCGAACAAUUUAAUAGGACUGAACCAAACUUAAAUGACCUAGGGUUAGUGUUCCGUGACCUUCACAUCCAAUUGCCAGAAUUAGGAGAGUAUACUAGAUCUGUGCCGCCCGUCCCACCACCCGUUAAAACAGAAAGGUUCCCAAAACCUAAAGAAUCUAAUUUAAAUUUCCUUAAACCUGGCAGUUAUGAGGUAGUUACAAGACCUAUGCAUGUGCAUGAGCACUUGCCUCCUAUGUACCCAGAGAAAGAAAGAGAUACACCUGUUGUUGCAGGAACGGUUGAAAUUCGACAAAAUGGUAUCGAUAAUGUUGAUGCUAAUGUGUCCUGUACAAGUCCUGAAAUAUCUGUCACUGACAGUCCAGAGAAACCUAAAGAUAUAUUUAAGAGGCCUAUCGAUCCAGUUUCAUUACCAAAUAGUAAAAGACCAAGGUUACGGCUGGAUGAAGAGGAAAGGACAAGGGAAAUUAGCAGUGUUAUGAUGACUAUGUCAGGUUUUCUAUCACCGGCUAGAGAAGGUAAAUUACCAGAAGCUAAGCCUCCCACUAUUAUUUCUGAAAGACAUCAUGACAAGCAUAAAGUGAAUUCGCACCAUUCAAAUGCAAUUAAAGUACCAAUGUUAGAUAAAAUUGAUAAGAAAUCUAAGAAGAAUAAGUUAAUUAAUGGAAAAAUUAUGAAAAGUAAAAGAAAAGAUAAGAGUCAUAAAGGUGAGGGUAGUAAAUCUAAAGAUAGUAGUAAAUUGGAUAGGUAUCCUCCGGGAUAUCCGAUAAAAAGUAAAGACGUUCAUCCGACGCAUCAUAAUCACGUGACAAUGCCUGCGCCAAGGCCUUUACAAGCACCUAUAAAACCGACAAUGCCACCACCAUCUAUACCUAUACCGACCCCACAACCCGUUACAAUACAAGAACCUAUCAGGCCAGUUAUAAAACAGGAACCAAUUGAUCCACCAUCACCUGUCACACCUCGGCCCUCUCUACCCACAGAAGAUUCAAUUCCGGUACCUAAAAAAAUACCGAUCUCAAAAUCUCCGCUUGUCUCCAAUUCUUUAACUGCUCAUAAACAUCAAUCUUCUACAAUUUCUCUUAUUCCGGAUGUUCAAAUCAAAAAAGAGGUUAUAGAUGAAGAAGAAAAGUUAGCAUCUCAGCCAGAUAGAUCAAAGAUUAAUAUAUUUAAAAGAAUAUCGAACAAAUCUAAAGAAGAAAAGCAUACACCAGAAGUUGUUCCUGAAAAGUUAUUUUCACAGCCAGACACAACAAUUUCGAGGUUGCAGAAUUCAUCACAUGAAAUAAGUGAAAACCGAGUUAAAAGUGCUGAAUAUGUGAACAAUAAUAACAGUCCAGUUGAUUUGUCCCGAGAAAUAGAUAUUAGGUCUCACGAAAUCAUCAACAUUGAUGAUGAUUCAUUGGAUGCUCAACCAGUGCCUCAUUCUAGAAAUACAUCCCCGGAGCCAAAAUCAGUUGGCCUUUCUAUAAAUAAAUCAUUACAAGUACCUUUUCCCAAAGAUAUCGCUAGUGUCAGUCCAAAAUUGAAGAAGGAAAAGAAACAUAAAGAUAAAAAAGAUAAAGCAGCGAAAUUAGAAGCAAAACUCAAAAAACAGCAUCAACAGUUGGCCUUUGAAAUGAUGCCAAUGGUAGAAAAGAAAAAGUCUAAAAUUAAAAGUGAAAAAUCAGUUAAGUCUAAUAGGCUUAAAAAUGAUUUAAAAUUACCACAAAUGCCACCUGGUUUUCCAUUCUUUCCUAAUAUGCCACCAGGGCGAGGAAUGAUGCCAGGUCCGGGAUUAAUACCUAGUCAUGGCUUAAUACCUGGUGGGGACUUUUUAGCUGGUUUGACUAACAACCCUGCACUAAGAGGUUUACAACCCCCAAAUAUCCUUGGUAAUCCUUUUGCCGUAGGGGCAGGAGGACCAGGACUUAUACCAGGAUCAAGUUUUCUACCAGGUGGUCUCGGCCCAGGUAUCCCCAAUCAUCUUAUGCCGAUGGGCAAUUUUCCUCAUUCUUCGCGAUCGUCUCCUGUAAAAAUACCGCCAAUGCUUAGACGUCCAAGUUUAGAGGUUAUACCUGUUGAAAACGAAGAAGAUAGGAUGAUGCAUAAAUCACCAAUGACGGGACGCGACAAAGAUCGUCACGAUAAGCACAAAUCUCCAACCAUUCCAAAUAUUUUACAAAAACAGAAAUCUAAAUCAAAUAAGGACCAUAAGUCAAGUAUAUAUAAAAUGCCUCCUGUACAGCCGGAUAUAACGAUUGAAUUGAAUCCUCCUAAAGAAGUUCGACCUGAACCACCAAGAGAAAUUCCAACGCCAAUUCGAAUACCUACACCAGAACCACAAGCCGUUGUUUCUAAACCUGAACCUCUCCCAAUUCCUGAGCCGACGCCAGUCAAGCAUACUGCUCCGGAAAUUUCUCAAGACCUGGAUAAUAUAGAGAAAAAGAAGGACAAGUCUCAUAAAAAGGAAAAGCGAGAUAAGGAUGGCAUUAAAAUAAAAAAGAAGAAGGAUAAAAAAGACAAGAAUAAAGAUAGGUCUGAAAAGAAAAAAGAUAAGGAAGAGAGACAGGAAAUUAAAGAUAGAAUAAAGAAAGAAAAGAAGGAGAAAAAGAAAGAAAAGUCCGCAGAUGGUCUCGUGCCCAAACUUACCCUUAAACUAGCUUCUUCCAACUCAAAUUCACCGAUGCCACCCAGCUCUCCAGAUGUAUAUAAACUAAAUAUAAAGCCUGUUGUAAAGAAAGAAGAGGAAGAGACUUCUCCUGUUAAAGAGGAAUCAGUAUCACGAGAGCACAGUCGGUCCCCAGAACUAGCCCAAAUAUCUGCAUUAGUAACGAGGCCGCCAAAGCAAAGACAUUCUAAACACAAUCAUGUUUCAGAGCCGUUAGAAUCACAAUCACCUCCGCCUAUACCUGGUUCGCCGCAAAGAAAGAACCGUCCACCUUCAAGUCAUUCAAAAUAUAAAAGAAUCUUGAUAAAACCUUUGUCGAAAAAAGGUAAUAACGAAGAUUUCGAAGACGAGCCGGCUACGAUAUCGGAUGAACCGCAAGCGCCUGCACCGGUUUCUGUGGAAAAACCCACUGGGCCACUUCCAACACCAUAUUAUGUGGAUGAACAAGGAAAUAAAAUAUGGGUAUGUCCCGCUUGUGGAAGGCCAGACAAUGGCUCGCCUAUGAUAGGUUGUGAUGGCUGCGAUGGGUGGUACCAUUGGAUUUGUGUCGGCAUAACGGAAGACCCGGGGGCCACGGAAGACUGGUUUUGCAAAUCGUGCGUCGCUAAGAGGGCUGCGAUGGUCCUCGCCGGCGUCACUUCCGGCAAAAAGAGGGGGCGGAAACCAAAAGGAGAAAAAAUCAGAGACUGUCAUUGA